AUGCCCCCCGUAGCAUGUGGCGCGUGCCGCAUGAGAAGGGUACGCUGCGACCUGAAGGACCUGGCGAUGUCUGCCUCCGGCCAGCAUCCCCCCUGUUCCAACUGCAGCGAACGGGGCCUCAAAUGCGUGUACGUGAAUUUCCCUCCUUUGAUAUCUGCGGAUAUCGCCGACCGCCGUGGCAGGGAUGAAUUUGCAGAAGUCAAAGCUGUCAAGCUAUUGCGGCGCGGUCGGCGUCUGCAGCAGGUAGAAGCCGUCUACGGCCAGAACUCAGCAGACGAGAACGCCCUCCAUAAUGUCACCCCCCCACGCAGCGGCAUUCCGAGGCUACGCCCCGAAUUUUUCAGCUCGCCUUUCUUCCGGAGAUUCCACAUACAACGGCCUGUCCUCGAGCCCACGGAGUUCUGUACCAGGUAUUACGAAUUCUGUAAGGGGAACAAGGAGUACCUCCAGGCGCCGGGCCAAGUCAUUGCCCUGAUACUCGUGGUGUGGGCGGCAAGCUUCGGAGUCAACGAGUACGGCGUAGAAGAGCUGUAUGACGACUCAGUCGACCCACGGCGACGGAGAGACCGCGUCAACGAAAUGGUCCGAGAAAUUCUCUACUUGAUCGAUAUACAUGGUAUCCUACGGAAGCCGUCUUGGGACGGAAUUAGGGCCCUGCUGCUCAUCUCACCGCUUACACAGGAGGUGCAAUCCCCAAUCGAACGAUUAGCCAUGUAUGAGGCGACCAUGAGUCAAGUCUACACGCUGUGUAGCCUGGCGCCAUCUUCAUCAGUUGGCAGCGGCCAGGGAGACUACGUAGAUGCCCUUGUACGCGCAAGAAUAUUCUGGUACGCUCACGUCAUCGAUGGAAUCACCACUGGUUUGAGGGGAGGACGUCUCGUGUUGACCGAGGACGAUCUUACUUCUUUUGAGAGGACACUGCCUUCACUUGACGACAACUCGGGGGCAUCGGCAUUAUAUGCAAUUUCAUAUCGUUAUGCGACUAUUCCCCUCCGCAUUGCCUCGGUGUGUCGGGAGAUACAUGCUAUAUUAACCAGCCCCAGAGCUCGUCAGAGCUCAACGGUCGAUGAGGCGAGGAUUCAUCACGCGUGGGAGACUCUGGACCGAUGCUGGAAAGAAUUCGACGGCCUUCGACAAGUCGGGACAGAUGGAUUCGUGCAGACCGAGGAUGUCGAGCGUUUCAUUGAUGGGUGGCAGGUGAGACAUACAUUCAUACUGGGGAUGCGUAAUGGAGAAGCUGAGGUUUUACCUCAGAUAUUCAUUUUCGAAUGCCAUAAUGUCAUGAGGGAGGCGCUUAAGCAACGCCUCGUUGCGCGGCCCCCGCCGGAUAACUCCUUCAUUCCGGAUACACAUCCGUCUGCGCGUAACCGCCCCAGCGAGACCGUGAUCCGCCUGCAUGCAAAGGCGAGCGCGAAAUGUCAAGACGUAGUGCGCCAGGUGGUGUCGACCAUCCGCCGCAAUCUUGGGACACAGUUCUUCCAGUUCGACGCUGCCCUCGUCCGCGACGGAUGUUUUUAUGCGGGCUUCAUGCUGGCCGGGGAGUCCGGCAACGGUGAGGACGUCGAGACGUGCCUCCACGCCCUCCGCGAGAUGCGGUGGACGUUCGCUAAGAACGACGACCGGGAGCAGACCGUGCGCAUGAUUUACGAGUCGCGGAUGACGCAGUCGCGGAGCCGGAGUGUCAGCGGCACCCCCAUAGACGACUUGCUACAUCUCUCAUCGGGGCACCCCUACGCCAGGCGGCCUUUGGCGCGGCCUAUCAGUGUUCCCCCGCUCUCGCUGUCAUUAUGCACUGUUCCCUCGUCUAUGGGGUCCGCCUCGGCUCCGAGUACUGCCUGUGCUUCCACCGCUGAUUGGCCGACGUGCACACCGCCAGGCAGCGCUGGCACAGGGAUGUACGACGGCUCAGUUGCAUCCCAUCGCGGAUCCCCCACGUCCCCGCACGACGGCCUGAGCGUUGACACCCUUCGAUCGGGGCUCAUGGGCCCUACGCUCUUGCCUGGCGACUCAGGGCCGUCGGCGCGCCCCGGCGAGUCAAGUGGCCUAGAUCAGGUCUUCUUUUUCAACUACGGCGCCGUGGCCGAUACUGCGGGCGCGUCCACUCUCGCGCAGCCGUCCACUUCCCUGCCGCCCCCCGCCACGGACUACAGCCCCACAGCCUAUUUUGACGCCAACUCGGUGGUGUUCUCGCACUCGCCGAUCGGCCAACAGGGCGUGUGUGCGGGCAACAUCCCGUCGUCAGGGUCGCCCGUUCGUCAUUUUGCGGAGACGUCGUUCUAUCGAUAA